GGGUCGCCAUUGUUGCUCUGAUCUUUCUUUUUCUUGAGAGCUAUGGGGAGAUCUCCUUGCUGUGAAAAAGUGGGGCUCAGAAAGGGAAGGUGGACUGCUGAAGAAGAUGAGCUCUUGACUAACUAUAUCCGAGCCAAUGGCGAAGGCUCGUGGCGAUCCUUGCCCAAGAAUGCAGGAUUGUUAAGGUGCGGAAAGAGUUGCAGAUUGAGAUGGAUUAACUAUCUGAGAACAAAUCUAAAGAGAGGGAACAUCACGGCCGAGGAAGAACAAAUGAUCGUAAAGCUGCAUAAUGUUUUAGGCAACAGUUUAUUUCGUUUUAGGUGGUCUGUAAUAGCGGGACAUUUACCGGGUCGAACAGACAAUGAAAUAAAGAAUUAUUGGAACUCUCAUCUAAGUCGAAGAAUCUAUACUGUGACACGACCAUCUGCUACGAAGUCUUCUUCACCGAUCACUUGCCUCCUGGGGAUCAUUCCCGUGCCGAAGCGGAAGCGGGAUGUGACGUGUGGAAGAAGGGAAGAACAAGGUGGCAUAGUGAAAGGAAAAGAAGAGGAUGAUGGCAAGACAUUGGGGAAGGAAGUGAUAUUGAGGUCCAUAAUGGGUGAUGGGGAUGGGGAGGGUUUGGGACCAUAUGAGUGGCUUGAUGGCGAAAUAAUGACACUAAAUAAUGGAAUGGUGAAAGCUUGUGGGAAGUGGGAAUCAAUGCAUGGAUGAAGAUCAUGGGAAUGGGUAUUCUUUUUCUUCACCCUUUGAAAAGGAUCAAUGGCUGAAUUGGGAGUGGGAAGAAUAUGGAUCGGUUCAUGAAGGGCGUUUCGAGAAAUGGGAGCUCGAGGAUAUUUCGUCUUGGUUAUGGGAAACGGAUCAAAUUGAUCUUUGAAGAUCGAACGAACGAGUAGAUUUUAAGAAUGCAAUAACAACGCUCACUCUAUUUAUGGUUAGAUCAUAAAUAAAUUAUUUACUAGAGAAUCAGUGGUACUUAAAGUGUAAGAUAUAACUAUUCGAAAGAUUAUUGUUUGUAGAAUA